AGGCAAGGCAGGGCGGCCGCCAUGUUGUGCGGCGGCCCCUCGGCGACGCAGCUGGCCACCGUGGAGACGCAGCGAAUGGCGGACGAGGUGAAGCCUCAGCUGGAAGAAAAAGAAGGGAAAACAUUUGAUGUCUUCACUGCAGUGGAGUAUAAAUCCCAGAUAGUUGCUGGAACAAAUUUCUUCAUCAAGGUCUAUGUUGGCAAUGAUGAAUUUGUGCACCUGCGAGUGUUCAGAAGCCUCCCUCACGAGAAUAAGCCACUGAGCCUUCACAGCUACCAGAAGAGCAAGGCUAGGCAUGAUGAACUCACAUAUUUCUAGCAAGCUUAUCCUGUGCAUUUUUCUAAUGGCCACUUAUGUGCAUUUUCUAUAGGCUGCAAAAUGUUGAUUGUUGUGCAAAUGAGAGCAAUAUGUCUCUUUGUAAACUGAAAGCUGGAAAAAAAUCUGAUUCUUCUAUGCAUCUUUCCCAGUGCAGUAUCUAAAAGCAGUAUCUAAAGCAGAUGUGCAGUAUCUAAAAGCAAACAUGGCUCUUCUUCCAGCUACACUAAUGCAAACCUAAAGAGGCUGCAAUGAUUGCAGUGCAGUUUGACAAGAAUCUGGUGCCCAAGUUAAGUCUCUUGACUUGGACUUUGAAUUUCCAGGAUAUCUUAUUAGGCCUUAUCAUAUCUGCAGCAAGGAGCCAGAGGAGAAUUGGAACCCUCUCUGUGCUGCUUUGUAAUAGAGUAUAUAUACGAAAUGUGUGUUUUAUUGGCAAGGACCUAAACACCGACCUGCACAAAUAUUGAAAGCAUGAAAAAGAGAAGGAUUGCAGCAUUGAAACAAACAUUCCCUUGUUUGUCACGUUUAUCUUGUGGCA